AUGAAUUUUGUUCGUCGGCUCUCUACUAAAACAACGGCUAGUUUGGACGCAUCGAAACUCAAACUGAAUCUGACCUCGUCGCCGAAGGCUCUUCCUCCGGCCGACAAGCUCGUUUUCGGUAAGACUUUCAGCAACCACAUGCUUAUUGUCGACUGGACCGCUGAGGCUGGCUGGGGGAUCCCGGAAAUUAAGCCCUACGGUCCCUUCAGCAUGGAUCCUUCUUCUUGCGUGCUGCACUAUGCUUUUGAGUGCUUCGAGGGCCAGAAGGCAUUCAGAGACGCUAGCGGAAAUAUCCGUUUGUUUCGCCCGGAGAAAAAUAUGGAGCGACUCAACAAGUCGGCUGAUCGCAUCUGCCUGCCAACUUUUGACAUCGAGCAGGGUGUCAAACUGAUUGAGGAGUUUGUCAAGGUCGAGAAGGACUUUGUUCCUCAGGAAAAGGGCUACAGCUUGUACCUCCGCCCCAGUAUAAUCGGUACCCAGAACAGUUUGGGCGUCAGCCCACCUAACAGCGCUCGUCUGUUUGUUAUUGCCAGCCCCGUUGGUCCUUACUAUGCCACUGGAUUCAAGGCUGUUCGUCUCGAGGCUACAGACUCCGCCGUUCGUGCUUGGCCCGGUGGUGUCGGCAACCGUAAGCUUGGUGCCAACUACGCUCCUUGCGUCAAGCCCCAGCUGGAUGCCGCCAAGCGGGGCUUCCAGCAGAACUUGUGGCUCUUUGAGGGUUAUCUCACUGAGGUCGGCACUAUGAACUUGUUCCUCGUGUUCCAGAACGCCGACGGCAAGAAGGAGCUCACCACUGCACCUCUUGAUGGAACUAUCCUCGAGGGCAUUACUCGUCUCUCGAUCCUCGAGCUUGCCCGGGAACGUCUCGACCCCAAGGAGUGGGACGUGACCGAGCGUAAGGUCCACAUCAACGAAGUUAUGGAGCGGGCCAAGAAGGGCGAGCUCAUCGAGAUGUUCGGUGCAGGCACCGCGGCUGUUGUGUCACCCGUCAAGGAGCUCAACUACCACGGCGAAGCCAUCGAGGUCCCCUUGCCUAAGGGUAAAGAGGCAGGCCCCGUCACCGAGACCGUUUCCAAGUGGAUCUCUGACAUCCAGUACGGUAUCGACGAUCAUCCUUUCUGCAAGGUUAUCGCCUAA